GAUUUUCUUUUUUUUUUUUCCCUCACCCAGAUUUUUUAUUAUUGUUGGUUUCCAUUUGCCCAUUUUCUUUUCCACUAUGGAGUUUCUGGCUGGAUCCUGGAAUAAAGAUUGGGCUUCAUUCUUGCAGUUUUGGUUGACUGUCAUCCUAAGCCUCCAGAUGCAAUUCAGCCCAGGUACCUCUUGCCCGUCAGAGUGUCGUUGUGACAAAAUGUUUGUGUACUGCAAUGAACGCAGCCUGACAUCAGUGCCUCUGGGGAUGGAGGAGGGCUACAAGGUCCUCUACCUACAUAACAACCAGAUCAACAAUGCUGGCUUCCCUAUGGAACUUCACAAUCUAGCCUCUGUGGAGACCGUGUUUCUCUACGGCAACCAGCUGGACGAAUUCCCUGUCAAUCUGCCCAAAAACACCAGGGUCUUGCAUCUCCAGGAGAACAAUAUUCAAACAAUCUCCAAAGCAGCCCUGGCUCAGCUGUCUAAAUUAGAGGAGCUGCACCUUGAUGAUAACUCCAUCUCCACAGUGGGGGUGGAAGAAGGAGCCUUUAGGGAGGCGAUAAGCCUCAAACUCCUCUUCCUCACAAAGAACCACUUAAGCAGUGUUCCAAUUGGCCUCCCCGAGGACCUGAAGGAGCUGCGGUUGGAUGAGAACCGCAUUGCUGUUAUUGCGGAGGAGGCCUUCCAGAAUGUGACACGCCUGCAGCGCCUUCUGCUGGAUGGGAACCUGUUGACGGAUGAGGGGAUCGCGCCAGGGACCUUCCAGGACCUAGCUAACCUCCGUGAGCUGGCACUGGCCCGAAAUUCACUCACCUUCCCCCCUCCCCUCCUACCGAGCCAGUCACUGGCCAAACUCAGCCUGCAAGAGAACCAGAUCAACCAGAUACCUGUGGCAGCCUUUGCAGAACUAAAUAGGCUCGAAAAACUGGAUAUCUCCACCAACCAUCUUCAGACGCUGACGCAGGGCGUGUUCGAUAGCCUGUCAAGUCUGAGGCAUCUCAUGGUGCGCAACAACCCGUGGCGCUGUGACUGUGCAGUGAAAUGGGUGGUGGUUUGGCUCAAAUCCUUGCCUUCCUCCAUCAACGCCCGGGGGUUUGUGUGCCAGAGCCCAGAGAAGGUGCGUGGCAUGGCGAUCAGAGAGCUCACGUUGGAUAUUAUUGAGUGCCCGGUUAAUGCCAACCAGCCACCGUGGCCCACCCUCCGCUCCACUCCCCCUCCCCCGCCCACUACUACCCCUGUCACCACCAGGAUGUCCAAUGUCAUCACGACAUCUAUCCCAAACUACUUUGACUCCCCCUCUCCUCCCUUACCCCCAAUCCAUAAUAACCCUCCUGGGCCCCUGCCUCCUUAUGAGGACCCCCUUCAGAUCUCCUUCAACGUGAUCAACUCCACCAACAUCGAGGUGAGCUGGGAUUCUUAUUUCACUGUCACGGCGUAUAAGGUCACCUGGGUCAAACGAGGCCAAACCCAAAUAAACGAAGGAAUGCGGGAGCGGACGGUGAGUGGGGGGCAGCGGCAUAUUAGUCUCACCAACCUGGAAGCCCGGUCCGUGUAUCGGAUCUGCGUGCACGUGCUGGACACCCUUAACUCCUACAGGCCCGGAGAGGAUACCAUAUGCUCCGAGGCCAGGACCAAGUCUGCUUUGUCGACAAAGCCUCCUGGCAGAGACCAAGCUCCUCCGGAGAGCAUCAACUCUACUCUGCUAAUGGCCGGGAUCAUAGGUGGGGCGGUUCUUAUCAUCCUGGUAACGCUGCUCGGCCUGUUCUGCUGGCACAUGCACAGGAAGAGCCGGUCGUCUUCGAACAAGUGGAAAUACAACCGCGGCAGGAGAAAAGACGACUACUGUGAGGCUGGAACCAAGAAGGAUAACUCCAUUCUUGAGAUGACUGAGACUAGCUUUCAGAUAGUGGCGCUGAACAAUGAGCAGCUUCUCAAGGGAGAUUUCCGCAUCCAGCCCAUCUACACGCCCAACGGGGGCAUUGGAUUUAGAGACUGUCACCUCAGUAACAACAGUAUAGCCUACUGCAAGAGCAGCAACGUACCCAGUACAGAGUUCUGCCAAACGUGAUGCAGCAGCAAACAGUACAGCGGCAUUCACACACACACACACACACACACACACGCGCUUAACAAAGACAUGCAUAAAUACACACGCAUACACCGUUUGUGUAGACAAUAAAAUCAUUAAAAAAA